AACACUGUGCUACAUCUGAUGGUUUGAAAGAUAAUGUCCCCUCAGGAGACCUUUGUUGCUGCGGCCCGUAAAUGUCUACGCGUGGGGAGAAAAUCACUCUCCGUCCCUCAGAGUUUGAACCUUGCCGGCAUGGUCCUGGCUGUCGAUCUGGGUUUAAAACCCGCUCUGUUGUACGACAGCAACGGGGCCGGAUCAGAGCAGGUGCAGCAGUACGUCAGCGCACUGCAGUGUUCUCAGCUUGUGUCUAAAUCAAUUCUCACAUUGGAUUUCAGUGGAAACACACUUGUCGUUAAUCCACUCACAGUCAGAAGAAAUUUAGAGCAGGUUCUGUGUGGCAGCAGCAGCAACAGCAGCAGCGUCAGAGUGUACACUCUUCGCCACUCACUGGAGAAACCAGUCGUCAGUGAUGGGUUCACACCAGAGCUUCAGAGCGUAACACGAGAGUUGCUGCUUGUUCUGAGGGCGUGUGAGCAGCUGACGCAGGCUGAGAAACCGCUUUGUGUUGAGGAGAAAUGCAGAGGUUGGAACCUGUGCACCGUCUUCGGUCUGUUGCUGGGUUACCCCGUGACCUACUGGUUUGAUCAGACCAGCAGCUUUGAAAACUGUCUGUCGAUGACGCCCCUGAUGGUUACCACAGCUACAGCGACGUGGCAGACGGGCAGCGAUGACCACAGAUGUUGUCUGUUUUCGUUCAGUGUCCCUGCAGUUCUGCUCACACAGACACGGUCCGACCUGGACUCCUGGAGACUUCAUCUACAGGAACGAUUUCAGCGUCAAAGUGUCUUUAAAGAUCUUGUCAUUUGUCAGAACACAGUAACUCUGCCAUCUGUCUGUCUGUGAUGUCUUACACUCUUACAGAUCAUUCUGGUGCAUUUGUCUCUUCAAUAAACUCUGUCAAAGAAGCUGA